AUACGUUUCAGUUGGUCUUGAUCACAAAUGGAGUGUACUCCUUCACGAUGUACAAUUAUCCAAAGAACGGCCUGCAGUGGUCUGCUCCCACCCAGAGAAUGUACUAUCGAUAUUAUUCUAAUGCGCGUGGUUUGCCUGUGGUUGGUUGGAAUGCUGGAGACAAAGAAGAAAGGAAACAUAACAUGCCACGAUCGGGUACCGUAAACAUCGAAACAAUCGAUGGAAUAAGAGGCAACGCUGACAUGGUUGGGAAGUGGUUCUUCCGACUGGAAGAAUCCCUUGGAAAACGAAACGCAAGACAAGAGUGCAUUGACUGGUUCAAAGUGCAACCAGAUCCUCGAUUCUACACUGAAGACCUCGAACCUUGUCCUUGUAUCUUGAGACAAGCAUGGUGGGACGAAAGGUUCUCAAUCAACUGGAGAGACUGGCCAAGAAUGUGUGCCUACGCUCAGUUCCCUUCACCAGAUGGGUGGGGCCAGGAAUGUUGUUAUUCCACUAACUGGCAAAGCUGGGGCGCACUGCUCGUGGGAAAUCCUGGAGGAGGUUCUGCAAAUAGAUACCACAAGUGGACAGAGGAAUUAAGGGCUAAACACGACUCAAGCGACGUACAAGGCUAUCAAAAGUGCUGUGUCAACUCAGACCUGUGUGACUUAUAUUACAGAAGACGUCCUUCCGACGAUUGUGGAGAUUAUAUGGUUCCAGAAUGGAGUUGGCUCUGGGGUGACCCUCAUUUUGUCACUCUGGAUGGUAAAAACUACACGUUUAAUGGUCUUGGUGAAUACAUAAUGGCCGAUGCUCGUAAUGGAUUUUUUCAGUUACAAGCUCGAACAAAACUGGCUAAAGGCGAUGGAACAGCGACAGUGUUUUCUGCUGCAGUCGCGAAGGAAGGCAGUUCUAGUGUUGUUCAGGUUGAAAUGAUCGAUGCAGGAAUAAGCGUGUUGAUUGAUGGAGAGUCCUUCAAUUACACUAGUCUUUCAAACGAAUCUGUGACACUUAAUGGGUCUAUUGUUGUUGCUAAACCUGACAACGACUCCUUCUUGAUGGUUUUUCCAUCGGGAAUGUCAGUCACAGUGAAAGCUGUUUCGGGAGUACUUUCAAUUGUACUUGCUGCACCAAAGAGCUUCAAGAAUCAAACAAAAGGCCUGCUGGGAACAUGGAAUGAUAAUCCUGAAGACGACUUUUUGACGCCCAAUGGAGAAAUUUUGCCCUCAGAUGCGAACAGCAAGGACAUUCAUUACAAUUUUGGUCUCCUUUGGCAGGUAGACAACAAUUCCUCGUUAUUCACAUACAAACCAGGGGAAAGCCUGAAAACUUUCGAAAAUACCUCUUUCGUCCCUAUGUUUCUGGAAGAUCUUUCCUUCCCAAAUGAAACCUUACGCAAACAAGCAGAAGAAGUUUGCCAAGGAGAUCUCAACUGCCUAUUUGAUUCCGCCUCUACAAAGGAUGUCUCAGUGGGUGCAAGCACAAAAGCACUGUCGUCUAUACUGGAAAAAGAGUCAUCUUCUCUAAAAAAUUAUCCACCACGGUUCAUCACACAACUCUCCAAGGUUAAUGUCACUGUGAAUCAGAGUAUUAGUGUGACUGUGGUUGCAGAAGACCCAAACAAUGACACGUUGGUAUUCUCUGUUUUUGGCAUUCUUCCUCGUGCAGCUAUUCUACAAAACACCUCCAACUCUGUGUCAGUUACGUGGAAAGGAACUAACCAACAGAUUGAAUUAGAAUUCGUGGUAAAAGACGAUCAGGGAGCAACAGCAUUCUUGAGGCCCAUCAUUAAUCUCUGUGCUUGUCACAACGAUGGCGUUUGCCUUCAGUCAGCAAGCAACAAAAACUCAACGCAUGAAAGCAACACGAUGAAUGUACUAGACUGUGGUUGUUUAAAUGGGUAUACAGGAACGUUCUGCGAAAGUGAUCUUGACGCAUGUGAAGCAAAUCUCAACCCAUGCUACCCCGGUGUAAAAUGCAUCGACCUCCCCCCUCCAGCAAAUAUAUCUGGCUACAAAUGUGGACCCUGUCCUAACGGAUUCACGGGAGAUGGAUCCAAAUGUCGAGACAUUGACGAAUGUUCACUUGGGUCUAACGGAGGAUGCAGUCAAGUCUGUAUCAACACACCAGGCUCGUUUACAUGCGACUGUAGAAAAGGAUAUUUACUCAACAUUGACCAGAAGAAAUGUGAUGACGUCAAUGAAUGCAUUCCUGUCAGCGACUGUAUGCACAAGUGUGAAAAUACUAAUGGUGGAUACCGCUGUAGCUGUGAUAAUUUCUUCAAAGUGGACCCCUCGAAUCCCAAAAACUGUUUACCUGAUUCUCCAUGUCAGAAAGGUAAAAAUAGUUGUCAGCAAAUCUGUUAUUUUGGUUCAAACAAAAUUCAACAAUGUGCUUGUAGACGGGGCUAUCUUCUUGCAGGCGAUGGAAAUACUUGCAAAGAUAUUGAUGAAUGUGCAACGAAUGAAGAAAGAUGUAACCAUAAAUGCAGCAAUACGGAAGGAAGCUAUACAUGUUCCUGUGUGGACGGCUUUAGACUGGACGCUGAUAAUGUUACUUGCAUAGACAUAGACGAAUGCUUGGAAUGGACCUUUAAAUGUCAGGAUUCGUCACAGCGUUGCAAAAAUACUCAAGGUUCUUACAUAUGCGUCUGUGAAGAGGGACUCUAUUGGAUUGACAAUACCUGCAAAGGCCUUGAUAAGAAUGAGAAACCACCUCCUCCGCCGCCCGCACCAACUCCAAGAAUCCCGUCCUUAAUUGAAAAACGUCAAGCGAUUAUUAUCGCACUUGAAGGACUGAACUUAUCUCAGUGGACCCUACCCGUAGAGCAAGUCUUCAAAGGAGCAGUUGCAGAUUCUGUGACCACUUUCUGUGGGGAAAGCAGAGACUGCAUAACCAGAAGACUUCGAAAAAGGAGGGCACCACACUACAUCCUUUUCACAUCAGAUCAAGUUCACCUUCUUCCAGGUUAUCCAGAGAGAACCACGCAUAUCUUUCAGAUUCGAGUUGCGAUCUACGUCCAGUUCCCACCUGGAGUGGCUGCUGAUUCUCCUUCUGCCCUGGAUAAAAACAUUUUGUUGACAGUCAUCGAAACAUCACGUGAAAAGUUGGAAAAAGCCCUAAACGUGACAGUAGUUAGCCUAUCAAUUGCAUUCCUCGACCCUUCUACUAAAAGCAGUUUUACAGAGACUCCGAAAGUUAAUCAUGAAGAAAUACCAAAACGGUAUUUCAUUAUUGGGGGAGCAACAGCUGGGGCUAUAUUGAUCAUCACACUUUGUGUUCUGGGAUGUCGCAGAAAAUGCAAUUCAAAUCAAGUGCCGAAAGGGACAACGGUUGCCUACAACGAAGACGCAGACGUCGAGCUUCAUAGAUUCAAGGGUCAUUUUGACAAUAUCCGAGGAAGAAAGGAAGAGGAAGAAAAAAUGUUAAACCAACUACCAGGCCUUGACACGGACAACGAAGGCAUUUAAAAAGUGUAUUGAGCGUGAACAGCUCUUUACAUAUAUCUUCUGGGGUCUAGUUGUUUAUAAUGGACUGAUCAUUUACAUAUAUGUGCUAACAUUUUUCUAUGCAAUAAUUUGGAUAUAUCAACAAAGUUGAAAUGGUAAAUUGGCCACCGUAAUGAUUACAAAAGCUGACGUUUCGAGCGUUAGCCCUUCGUCGGAGCGAAUUUUUCUAUGCAGCCUUCUAGAUCGUGUUUAUAGCUCAACGGGCGAUUAGCGAGAAAAUUUGAUGAACUGGAUUAAAGAGAGAGUGGUAAGAUUUUAAGGGAUACCUUGAGCUCUUCUUAAUCAUCUUAAGUCAUCUAUCUUUAAUCCUUAAAUAUCCAAAAAAUACAUCAAAAUAGCAUCACAAUCUUGCCAACAUUUAAAGAUAUUAAGAACAGAAAUCUGCUAACAGUGGUAACAACUGCUGUAUUAAUCAAUUAACUAAUUUUUGCUGCUAACAAUGGCUUACAAUAUUAGUUGAAUGGUAAGGCGGUCCAGUUAGUGCAAGUGUCAGUGUUGGUGUCCCCCCAAUGAAAUGAAAUAAGAGUAGUGGAGAAAACGGAUCUCGUUAGAUCGGUAUGCAAAUCAACCUAAGGUAGUUUUACGGUGUGAAACGGAAAAGUUUGCCAAUUUCGUAUCGUUUAGAGAUACCUCACCCAUGAGAGGGAAAUUCUCCAGAGAAUUUUUUUAAAAUUUAAGAUAAAGCAUGGGUAAAUGCAGUGUUUAAUCUGUCUGUUCAACCUUUCAUAUGCUUAUUUUGUCCAUGAAUACGUGUGUCUGCGUCAUAAAAUAAUGUAAAUUAAUAAACAAAACUUCUUCUGCCAUCUCACAAUUGUCAUUAAGGUGCAAAGGUGGGAACAUGUACGAGUAAUGGUUUUUCGGUACGUCUAAUCUUUGUGUGUGAUGGUGUUUUCCCGCUUUUUGCUGCAUCUAGGGCUUUGGAUGGAUUUUUAAUAAAGGUGCCUAUUACGUUAAGUCUAG